AUGUUUAGGUAUUUACAACAAAAAAGUAAUCAAAUAAACUAUUGUAAUAAUGUUAAAAUAUUUUCAAAUUUAAUAAAUAAUGUUAAAAUCAAUCAUUAUGUAACCAAGAAACCAUUAUCACUACACAGAAGUAAAACAAUAAAAAAAACACAAAAACGUGAUGAAAGUAUUAUAAAUGGUAUAGUUGAAUCUGUACCAAAAAGUGAAUCAACCACUGACAGUAUUAAAAUGUUAAUGAAUCAAUUGAAUGAAAAAUUGAAAUCACCAAAACCAAAACAAAAAUCAUCAAAACCAAAAUUAACAAAACCAACACAAUCAGAAUUAUUAAUGAAUGAAAAUGAAAAUCAACAUGAAAAAGAUGAUGAUGAAGAAGAAGAUGAACAAGAAGAAUAUGGUGAAGGAGUUUUAAAUUUUGAUGAAAAUAUGGAUUUGUAUGACCAAAAUGAUAGAUUAGCUGAAUAUGAAAUGGAUGAAAAUAGAAUGGAAGGUAUGGAAGAUUAUGUUUUCGAUGAUGAUUUACCAAUUAAUAAUAAAAAUAAUAAUAAUAAUAAUAAUAAACAAUCACAACCAAUAAUUGAAACAAAAGAAAUAUUUACUCAAAAACAACAAAAAGAAGAAGAAAAAGAAGAAGAAGAAAAGAAAUUUAUAAAAAGAUUAGAUAAUAAAAUUAAUAUAAAAAGAGAAGAAGAUGAAUAUAUUGAAGAUGAAUAUAUUGAAAAUGAUAAUAAUAAUAAUAAUAAUAAUAAUAAAUAUUUAGAAAAUAAAAAUAAAAAUAAUAAUAAUAAAAUUGAAGAAAAACCUGAAUUAACAAAACAACAACAAAAAGAAGCAAAAAAAAGAUUAGAAGAAAGGAUUAAAAAACAAUAUGGUGAUAAAGCAAAUUUAAUUUUAUUUAAGAUUGAACAAAGAAAAAAGAAUGGUCAAUGGGCACCAGAGAAUAAAGUCACUCGUAGUGAUAUGGAACAAAUUAGAGAACUUCAUAAAGAGGAUCCUGAAAUUUAUACCAUACCAGUUUUAGCAAAAAGUUUUAGAAUCUCUUUAGAGGCAAUCUCUAGAAUUCUUCAUUCAAAAUGGUCACCUGAUCAAACUAAAUUACAUAAAUUACAUAAAAAGAAGGUAUUGGAAAAUAAAGAAAAAUACUCACCAUACUCAAAAACAAAUAAAGAAAAAAAUUAUAUAAAUUUAUCUUCUCAAGCUAAAAUAAAUAUUAAUAAUGAUAAUAAUAAAAAUAAAAAUAAUAAUAAUAAUAAUAAAAAUAAAAAUAAUAAUAAUAAUAAUAAUAAUAAUAAUAAUAAUAAUAAUACUCAGAAAGAAAAAUAUAAAUUUACUCCAAAUGUUAUUCCAAAUUCACUACUUCAAAGAAUUGACCCAAAAGAAUGGUAUCAUCAAGUCAAGGAUUAUAAUAACUACAGAAUAGAUUUAGAAAAAAAAAAAAAUAAUUUAAAAAAUAAUUUUGAAAAAAAUACUAAUGAAAAAAAAGAAAUCAAUUUAAAAUCAAGUUAUGAAAGACUUUUAGCAUUGGAAAAUAAUAAAUUAAAUAAAUAA